CAUUCAAUUUAAGUCAAAUAAACGUUAAGAAAGCAUUUAUCAAACAAAAUGGCACAAAUGGACAUCGAAUUAAAGAAGGCCUUCACCGAGAUGCAGAUCAACAAAUUGGAGACAUCCAAGAAGAUCAAUAUGAUCGACAUGAAAUGCGAUAUGGUCAAGACGGGCAAACACAAAUAUCUGUUGACGGAAAAGGGCACAAACAAUUUGGACAAUGAUACGAGGGUUUAUAUGUCUGUUGGUCGCAUGUUUCUGCUUACGGACGUUCAAAAUAUGCGCGAAGAUCUGAAGAUCAAGCAGGAGAAAUGUGAAAAGGCCAUUGAACUACUCGAAAAGAAGAAGGAAUUUCUGCAGAAGUCAUUGAAAGACCAGGAGGACGGUUUGCGAGAGCUGGUUCAACAGCGCAAGGAGGCUGAUGUCGUCGCGAAAUAGAUGCCAUUGUAGCCGCACAAACACACAAGAAACACACAUUUUAUUCGGUUCAUUUUAAAUAUAAUUGUCCAAAUUGAAGUUGGCAUAACUAACGAA